GUCCGCGGCACCAGGGGAGAAUGUCGAUUCAACCUCAACACGAUCCGUAGACUUAGUGGCGGAGAAUACGCAGAAGCCAAGUCAAGCAUCAAGCGGUCUUCGAAAUUCGUCUUUCGUUAGAAGGACAUUGACGACAACCGAGAGUUCUUCUCUGGCUGCUAGCAUGCGUGGGGAACCCUCUGGUCGAGACGUAGCCAGGGACAGGCCUAGUCAAGUCUCUUCGACUCAGAAACUUGAGGGUGAGGAAGAGUAUGUAUCUGCAGAUCGUAAGUACCAAAAUGUGGAGGGCAGAGAAGACGAUCAUGAACGGGAAACGGAGAGCGAGAUUCGGCUUAGCCACACAUCCUCUUCCCAUACAGUCAAGAUUCUUGGAGACCACACGUCGAAGUCUGUGACAUUGGCCGAUGAUGGGCGGAUCAACGAGGACGCUCACGGCGCUGGAAUGUACUCACCCUCGCUCGAUGCUGGGUCCAAGGUAUCUCCUUCCGGACCGGGUGGUCUGCAGGACCCGGGAACCAAUCAUAUUCAAUCUGGAUGUGAACGCCAGUCUGUAGAUGUUGACACGAUUUCAUUGAGUUCUAUGCAGAUAUCAAAUGAGAGCAGUGAAGUGCAUAUUCAAAGACAGAGUGGUGAAGAAGUCAACUCAUCCUUGCUCGUCCGAGCGUCCUUGGCACUGGAGGAGAAUAACGCGACACCAGCGCAACCCCCACGUAAAACCGUCGAAAACAAGCCGAAGUCGCCGAGCGUAGCAUCCAAUAAUCUUCGGAACCCAUCUUUGCCUGAAGACACGUGUACGAUAGGUCAGACGUCUUCCUCAGCUGCUAACCUGAAAGGGGGAUCCUGUGGUCAAAUUGUAGGCAGGGAUCUACCUACUCAACUUGACGGCUCCUCCACUCUGAAUAUCGAGCACGACAAAGCGAUUGUAUCAGCAGAUUGCAUGCACCAGGCUUUGGAGGACAGAGGAGACUAUCAUGCACGGGAGACGGAGAGUGAAAUUACGCUCACAUCAGAGUCUUAUUCUAGUGCCAGUUCCCUUAGGAGCGUCAGGCAAUCGGAGAGUUCCGUAGUAUUGAGCACUGGUAGACGAACGGAUGAGGACACUGAUAGGGUUGUCUCAUCCCUGUCAUCUAGUAACGCUGGGCACAAGCUGUCUCUUUCUGAACCGGACGUUCCACAUGAUGCGGUGAUCGAUCGUAUUAAGUCUGCAUGCGAGCACCGGUCCUCAGGUGUCAAUUUGGUUUCGACGACUGUUGUGCAGACACAGACCUCAAGCCAUCACUCGAUUGAAGGCGGAGACCAGAGUUCUCCUCUAGUUACUAUACAAGGCAGACCCUGCGAUCAAGAUAUGGCGACAGACCAACCUGGACCUUGUCAGCGCUUCUUCGCUCCAAAACUUGAUGAUGACGAAUCGGCAGAGUGUGUGUACCAGGCUGUGGAGAACAGAGGAGGCCGGCAUGAACGGGAGAUGGAUAGCGGGUCUUAUUCUGAAUCCCACACUGUCAUGAUUGGCGAACAAUCACGAUCCACGUCGGAGAGGGCAGUCUUGACAAUUGAUAGGCGAAUGCAUGAGGACACCGAUGUCACUGCGUUUCCCCCGUCAUCACCCACCGCAUUAUCUUCUUCUGAUCCAGGGGUUCCACAGGAUGCAGGAACCGGUCUUGUGUGGUCUGUAUGCGAACACCAGUCUUCCGAGGUCGACACUAUUCCGAUUCCGAUGACUCUGACGCAGACCCCGAACCAUCGCUCGACUGAGAGCGAAGGGUACAUCGGACGACAGCCAGCCCAGCCGUUCUCCUGUAGUGACGAGCCUGGUGAACCAACCUUGUAUACCGACGUCAGUCUGUCCUUGGCACAUGAGCAGAACACGUCGACUUCAACUUCAUCACAAUCCUUGGACAUAACAGUCGAGAGCUCGCUGAAGUCGAAUUCGACCUCCAACGAAAUUCGGAACUUGUCUUUUGCUGAAAGCACGGUGACGACAGGUCAGAGUCCUCUGGUUGCUAACGUACACGGCGAACUAUGUGAUCGGGAUAUGGCCAGGCAGCAGCGUGGUCAAGGUUCCUCGCAUUUGCCCUCGCCCAGCACUCCGAAAAGCGAGGCCGACAAAGAGAAUGUAUCGGCGGAUCGCAUUUACACGGCUGUGGAGGGCAGAGGAGAGUAUCGUGAACGGGAGCUGGAGAGAGAAGUUAAACUCAACAUGACAUCUGAUCUUCGUACCGUCAGAAGUUUCAGCCAAUUCACGUCAGAAACUACCACAUCGGAUGAUGAUAUUCGGGUGGUUGAGAACGUCGGCAAUGUUGUGUUGUCCCCGUCUUCAACUAAUACUGGGUUGGACUCGGAUGUGUCUCCCUUGGGUCCCGGGAAAUAUGCAUCAGGGACUGCCACAUUGAACGCUCAUGAGGACACAGACGACGCUAUCUCACCCCUGGCAUUCACUAAUACUGGGCCCAAGCUGUCUAAUUCUAAACCGUGCGUUCCACAGGAUGCGGGAUCUGAUUAUAUUCAGUCUGCACGCCGGCACCGGUCCUCAGAGGUCAAUACGUUUUCGACGACUAUCGUGCGGACGUCAAGAGAUCAGUCUGUCGAGAAGAAAGGUCAGACUCCUUCUCCAGCUUCUAAUAUGCAAAGGGGACUCCAUGGUCAAGAUAUGGCGAGAGGCCGGCGUCGUCAACGCUCUUUCGCUUCGGAAUUUGACGGAGACGAAAAGGAUGGAUCUGCGGAUGGUAUAUCCCAGCCUGUGGAGGGUAGUGAAUGCCAUCAUGAACGGGCACCUCAUUCCAAUACCAUCGGGAUUUCAAGACAAUCCACGUCGGAAACUGUGGUAUUGAGCGAUGAUAGGCGGGUGGAUGAGAAAGGCGAUGUCUGUGCACUGUCCACGUCCUCGAUGACUGCUGUGUCCAAUCCGUCUCCUUCUGACCCGCAGGAUGUAAGAACCAGUCAUAUUCAGUCCGGAUGCGAGCACCAGUCUUCCGGGAUCGACACAGCUUCAAUGACUGUUGUGCAGACCUCCAACCAUGAUUGCUCGGCUGAGAGAGAAGGGUGCAUCCGCCAACAGUCAGCCCAGUCAUUCUCCUGUAGCGAAGCAGCCUUUUCUUCCGACGUCUGUCUGUCUUUGGAACACGAGCAGAACAAUUCGAAUUCACCAGGACCCUUUGACAAAGUAGUCGAGAACGUGCAGAAGUCAAGUCUGGCCUCAAACGAGAUUCGGAAGUCAGAUGUCAUCGAAAGCACAUUGACGACAAGUCAUCGUCAUUCUCUGGUUGCUGGCAUACACGGGGAACCCUGUGGUCAAGAUAUGACCAGGGACCAGCCUAGGCAAGGUUCACCCUCUCCGGGACUUGGGGCCGACGAAGAGGGCGUUCCGCAGGACGCGGGGACGAAUCCUACUCAUGAGUCAGAAUGCGAGUGCCAGUCUUCAGAGGCCAACGUGGUUUCAAAGACUUCCAAAUCGGAGCAGACGUGGAGUCAUCAAUCGUCAGACAGCAGUGAAGGGCACGCGCAACAACGAAGCGAUCGUCAGCAAACAGACUCAUUUGGCAUCGUCGUACUUCAAGUGGAGGAGAGCAACACAACACUACGAUCCUUAGACAAUGUAGUCGAUAAGUCAAGUCCAACGCCCAAUGAUCUUCAGAACUCGCCAUUGCCUGAAGGAACAUCGACGAUAGGUCAGACUCCUCUUUCAGGUGCUUACCUACAAGAUAUUCGUGAUCUUGAUGUGGCCAGGGACCGGUAUACUAGCCAAGGCUCAUCCGUCCCGAAAUCUGAGGACAAAAAAGUUGUUCUUGUAUCGGCAGGUACCGUGCACCAAGAUCUGGUACCCAGAGGAGACCAUCAUGAACGGGAGACAGAGAGCGACGCCAAGCUCGAGUCGACAUCUUAUUCCGCCGUUGGAAUACUCACACAAUCGAGAUCAGAUACUACGAUAUGGAACAAUGACAGGCGGGUGAAUAAGGAUGCCGACGGCACUGUGUUACCUCUGUCCUCAACUACUACAAGAUCCAUGCAGUCAAACUCUGAGUUGGACAUUCCACAGGAUGCAUCGACCACCUGUAUCCAGUCUGAAUGCGUCACCCAGUCUUCGAAAGUCAUCGCGGUCUCAACGACUUCCAUACAGACUUCAAACCGUAACUCAACUGUGAGCAGCGAACGCGUCCACCGACAGCUAGCCCAAACUUUCUCUUGUGGCGACGAGUCAGCCUUCGAUUAUAAGGUCAACCAAUCGCAGGCAACUGCUUCCGUCCGCCCAUUCUUGGCACCUAGAGAAAACAAUUCAACCCUGGUGCAACCCUUCGAUGUAACAGUCGAGAACACUCAUCAGUCAAGUCUAGCCUCCAAUGCAAUCAGCAACCCACCUUUACCUGUAGGUGCUUCUACGAUAGGUCAGACCUCUCCUGCAGCCAUUCACGCAUGCAUGGAAUCCUGUGGUCAAAAUGUGGCUAGGAACCCGCCUAGUUAUGACUCAUCCGUGCCGAGACUUCAGGACGUCAACGAGGAGACAUUGGCAGAUUGUACGUGCCAGGCUAACAAGGGCGCUGUGUCGUUCCCAUCCUCACCUAAUUCUGGAUCUAAGCUGUCUCCUUCCGAACUCCCGAGCAUCUCGCAGGAUGCGGGAGCCAAUCAUGUCCAAUUCAGAUGCGAACGUCAUUCUACACAGGACACCACCGUGUUGGGGAUCUCUGUGCAGAUUUCGAGCGAUUGCUUGACUAACAGCAGGGAAGGAUGCACUUAUCUGGACAAUCCUCCACACCAAUCGAACAACCCUUCCAGCGCGAUGCAUGACGGUCCCCACCUACCUCCUCCUGCGUUUCAUGGGGUACAUGACUCUUGCAAUUGUUCCUGCAUGUCACCUUUAAUCGCUUCUCUGGUCUCAAACGAGGGUGACUCUACGGUAACCAGUGCCGUCGUUCAAAAAUCGAUUUCAAGCGAUUAUGACUGUCCUGCGCAAUGUGCUGAAGGAACCGCGAGCGUGAAACCGCGAUGCGACUAUUACACGCAUGCAGAGCCUGCAAUCAUAUCGACUCGUGCUGUCGACCAGUGUUGUAUGUCGUGCGAUUCAAACACCAUCCAGACCUCAUCUCAGGAGGAAAAUCAAGACAGUCUAUCGUACGUAACUCUUACAACGCUGUGUUUGACCUGAUUAAAAUUAUACAGCACCCCGAAAUUUGAGGACAACAAAGUUGAUGUAUCGGUAGGUUGUGUGCACCAUGCUUUGGUAACUAGAGACUAUCGUGAACGGGAGACGGAGAGCAAGUCCAAGCUAAAUUUGACGUCUUAUUCCACCGUUGCAACGAUUGGGCAAUCGCCAUCAAACACUGUGACAGGGAACAAUGAUAGGCGGAUGGAUAAGGACGCCGACGACACUGCGUCGCCGCUGU